AAUUUCAACGGCAAUUCUGUUAAAAUAGAAUCCUCUUAUCAUUUGUUAUGUAUUAACUAUACCCAGAAGCGAGAUGCACCUCCAGGUGAAAAGCCUGAGCCAGUGAGGACCCAUCUUAGGAACAUGAUAAUAGUUCCCGAGAUGAUUGGGAGCAUCGUUGGGGUCUACAAUGGAAAAACAUUCAACCAGGUUGAAAUCAAGCCCGAGAUGAUUGGCCAUUACUUGGCUGAGUUCUCCAUCUCAUACAAGCCUGUGAAGCACGGAAGACCGGGUAUUGGUGCUACCCACUCCUCCAGGUUCAUCCCCCUCAAGUAAAACUUGCAUCAGUUGAGUUAAGAAAUGUGUGACCAAGAUCCUAUUGGAGUUGCUAUUCCACUUGGGUAUUUCUUAUUCUAGGCCAGUUUGAUUUCUGAACACUAAGCGUAUGGAUUAAGUAACUACUGUACUAUUUUGAUAAACAGAUUGUUGGCUACUUCAGUAUUAAGUAUUCAGUAUUCAGUAAACAGAUUGUUGGCUAAACAGAUUGUAGCUGUUCAAAACAGAUUUUUUGUGCUCUUUUGUUUUAUAUGUGAAUAUCACUAUAUACUUUGAAACAGAAUUAGUGUAAAUUUUGAUAUUUACUAGCUUUUCAUGUAAUUAAUUAUUAAUAUUACUUCAA